UUUAUCUGUGCACUCUCAUUUUUGAGUUUGGGAGGGGUAGAAUGCGUGUGUGUAUUUCUUCAUUUCGGAAUUAUGAACAUUAUUUUAUAGUUAAUAUUUAGUGUUUAUGUGGAAAUAAUACUAAGAAAAUGUUUAAGUGAAAUACGAUAUUGUUUGAUUUACAAGUUGCUUAGUGUUAUUUUUUCUAUGGGCGUUGAUAAUCAUGCAAAAUGGCCAACGAUUGGUGGUCAUGUACCUGUUGUACGGAAGCUCUGACUUGCUGGUUGCGUCUGAAACUGUCUCCGGAGGAGAUAGAGCAACGAUACAGAAGCAAAGAGAUCGACAGAAUAUUGGAGAAGGAUAAACACACGUUGCGACGACAGGUCAAAUUGUUACUACUAGGGGCGGGUGAAAGCGGCAAAUCAACAUUCCUGAAACAGAUGAGAAUAAUACACAAAGUGAAGUUCGAGCCGGAACUGGUGCGGGAGUAUCAACAUGUGAUUUAUCAGAACAUAGUGAAAGGAAUACAAGUGUUGGUGGAUGCUAGAGACAAAUUGGCGAUACCGUGGGAAAAUCCACGGAAUUUGGACGUGGGGCAACAGGCGCUCCACUUCAAUAGCACUGCGUCGCUGGACAGCAGGCUUUUCAUGCAUUAUGCGCCGCAUAUACACUCCCUGUGGUUAGAUAGGGCCAUAAAAAGGGCGUACGACAGGCGGAGAGAAUUCCAAUUGAGCGACUCUGUGAGCUACUUCUUCGACGACCUGGAGCGCAUAGCGAGGCCGGACUACAUCCCGUCCCACCAGGACAUCUUGCACUGUCGGAAAGCCACCAAGGGCAUCACGGAGUGCACCAUAAACAUCAACAACGUGCCGUUCGUGUUCGUCGACGUGGGCGGACAACGGACGCAGAGGCAGAAAUGGACGCAAUGCUUCGAUUCUGUAACGUCUAUCUUGUUUUUGGUGUCCUCGUCGGAGUUCGAUCAAGUGUUGUCUGAAGACAGGGAAACGAACCGUCUAGAAGAAGCGCUGAACAUCUUCGACACGAUAGUCAACAACGUAAACUUCAAAGGCAUUUCCAUAAUUCUAUUCCUUAACAAAUCCGACCUCCUCGCGAGAAAAGUCGCCAGCAAAGAGACGGAUAUACGCUGGUACUACCCGCAGUUCACCGGCGACCCUCACAACGUUCGCGACGUGCAAAUGUUCCUGCUAAACAUGUUCGCGAAUGUUCGGAGAGAACCAAAAACAACUCUAUACCACCACUUCACAACGGCCAUAGACACACAUAACAUAGAAGUCGUAUUCAACUCGGUAAAAGACACAAUUCUCAAUAGAAAUCUUGAAUCGUUAAUGCUACAGUGACGUCAUACGUGUGGUAGUUAAAUUGUGAUACCUGGUGGCAAUAUGAUGCUCGCACUGAUGUUCGUUGCACGUUGUUUAUAUACUUGUCUACCGUUACUGCCGUAGACCGAGAAAUCUAGACGAAGUGGUGAGUCUUUCGUAUAGACACAAGAAAUAUAAGCAUUUCAUGCAACUUUUUACGCUAAUCUGUACAACGCGGACGGCUGAGCCUGGUAAAAGGCGGCACGCGAUAAGGGACAGAAGAUAUUAGCGCUCUGUCCCGCUUCCCUUGUUUGAGCGAAAUGGAAGGCAUGGCGAUGUCUAUAGUUUUCUCUGUCCAUGGUUACAAAAUUCUCUUUUCAAAUUCAAUGUCUCACAAUUCAACGAAUCGCAAACAACAAUUUAAAAUAUUUAAUUUUGAUUGGCUGAUGAGCUGUCAACAUGCAUAAAAUUGUUAAAAUUGGCAAGAGAUUUAUAGUGGCGGUGGAGUUAACUUUCACUUAUUACCUGUCAGUAGUGGAAAGCACAUUCGAAAAGACAAAGAUAUAAUUAUAGCGAUGGCCUAUGGAAUCGGCCAAAUAAGUUGUCUAUUUCAUUCAUUCAUCUAUAUUUAUUAACACAAUAUAAAUUAGAAAGAGAAAAGUAAUGAAAUGUUUAUUAUUUAUCGCUGUCUGAUUACAAAUAUUUUUCUUCUAUACAUUUUAGAAAUAAGAUCUUUAUAGUAUGGUUUAUGAGAAGGUACGUAGCUGUCAAAAAGGGAUUAAUAAAAUGUACAAGGAAAUAAAUAUAGGUUAAUUAUUAUUGACAACUUAUCUGGCGGUUUAGCGUCGGUCGUAUUUGUAAAAUAUUGUAAUAGGUACGUUGCGUAUUUAUUUACCGAAUGUAUAGUUGUUCGGUGAUUUGUGUAUAGUUUUAUCAUAUUGUAAUGAUAAUGUUUGUAUAUUACUGUAUUUAUGACCAAAAACUUAGAUUUUGCACGGGGAUUAUUAUCACUUUUUGAACAAUUUUGCGUGCGUGUUUACGUGUUACGUAGCGCAUGCACAUGGAAUGUAUACAAUCGACCGGUUGGUAAGCCUUUAUAAUUGUUUUUAUACGACAUAUAAUCGACUUAGCACUAAAUAAUGACAUUUAAAAAUAGCAAUUAUAAAUCUUUAUAGCAAUUUUAAUAUUCGUUCACUAUUUAAUGUGUAAUUAAUAAAUUGGUUGGUUUUUGUAUUGCGGUGCCAAGUUGAGAAUGACAUAGAACUUUUAAGAUUGCGCACUAGACGUCCAUCUUUGAUUAGGCUCCAAAAAUUAUAUCCAUAGUUUUGGUGCUAUGUGACGGAAAGUUUUGACCAUUUAACCAUUGUAUUGUAUUUUUUUUGUUGUCGUCCCGCUCUUUUGUAAUUUCGAAAACAUGUCAGUCACGUUAUGAAAUUUUGAAAAUUCAUUUCAUUAACACAUAUUUUCCUCACCGGUCGUCUAAUGUGCGGUCUCAAUAAUCAGUUAUAAUUUUUCAAUUUGAUAAGUUACAAAAUUGCUGUAUCGUGUGCCACAAUCAGGAUAACGCUCCCACAUUGGAAAUUUAAUCCCUACGGGGAAUAAAAAUGUACAUAGCAUCGAUUGAUACGACGUACUGUGAUUCAAAUUUUGUAACGUGUUAGGCUGUAAACAGCAACGAAUAGUAAUUCAGCACUAUUUUUGAUAAAUAGUGGGCUAUAUGGACGUACAUAAACUAUUUUCCAAAAAACAUACUUAAAUAGACGAGACAAAAGUGUUUGAUAGAUGACCAUCAAACCCUUUAUUCAAUCUGUGUGAUUUCCAACUAUAUUGCCGUCACCUUCUCACAAGGUUGUCCGAAAGAGAUGACGAGUUUAUGAGGCUAUUUACCAUUUGAUUUGGAGAUGAUAUGUUACAACAUGAAUUUAGAUACUAAUGCGUUUAAAUUUUAAAUGUUUAAGUUUAAAUUUUCACGUUUAAAUUUUAAAAAAGUUUAAAUGUUGUCCGUUUUGGUACGUCCAUGUAUAGUUACGCGAUAAACUAGCUCAAAUGAAUUUAAGAUUGUUUUCUAAAUUUUUUACGACAGGAUAAAGGGGUUUCCACAAUAGCCACUGCGGUCAAAGCUUGCGUUUCCAACGAUUUACACUUACUGAAUAAUCCGUCCCUUGGCUCAUUUUAUAUUCGUGUAAUCUCACUAGUUCUAUCGUUACAUUAAAACGUUUUGUACAAUUUACAUAAAUAAUAUAAUUUAUAACGUACGGGCACAAAUGUACGCCAGCUUGAGAUUCUUUUUUACGGGUCGGGAUAUGAGGUCUGUUAAACUCUGUUUUUUCUUACAAGUCUUAUUAUGUAAUCAAUUUUAGCUAUGUCUUUUUAUGAAUUAAUGAAUUAAUGUUUUUUUUUGUAAAUUACUUUUAUGCUUGAUAAAUGUUUUACAUUCGAAUUUACUACUAAAUAUUUGAUUUAUUUUCUUUAAUUACUGUGAAAAUUGUAUCCUUGUUAGGACUUGUAAAAAAAAACGGAGUGUACUGUUUAAACGCACGGGGUAAGAUCUGAUUUUGUUAUUUUUUUAUUCGCAUAAUUAUUUAUCAUAAUAAUUUAGCAUCGUAAGGAUCGUAAGAAGCUUAGUGUAUUUAUUUUUAUCGAUUAAAUUUACUCUUAUUUAUUCACUGUAAAUUUUUUAUACGAAUGGAUUAUGGCUAUGUAAAUACCUCUUUAAUUUUAUUGUGUACAAGUUUGUAUGAAUAUCAAGAAAGGACUGUAAUAAUUUCAAUAAAAUGUAUGACUAUAUUCUUAACUGGGAUGGAACGAUAUAUACUUGCGAUUGUUAAUCUUACGAUAUUUCUAUCGUUACGUCUCUGUCACUCAGAGAUGUCAGCCAUACAACUAAUUGAGCUCAAACGACAAGGAUAGAUAUAUUAACCAUAGUAAACCACAUGAUAUAUAAUUUAUUUUCAGUAAAAAAGUCCAGUUGGCUGCACUUGUAUCGUAAUACCAUUGGUGGUCAUAGAUAUCGUUUCACCCUAAAAUAAUUGGUAGAAGGUAUAUAAUUUGCACUGAUUUCACGGCUUCAUAAAGGUUGGAUAUUGAAAAGUGAUAAAUGCAUUUAGUAGUGCCAUUGUGGUGUGAAGUGUUGCCACUAUAAAAUAUAUAAAGAUUGUAUUGAUUAUGUAUUGCAUGUGCGGUAAACAUCUUCCAUUGAAAAAUAUACCGAACAAGGGCGUCCGCUCCGUGACCCAGUCAGACAUAUUGUGAUAGAAAUGGACGAUAUACUCAUCUCUUGCGCACGUAAGGCGUGUGAUUGAGACAGGCUGAAUUCGCGCUUUGCUUGCGAGUCACGCAGCGGGCGUCAUAAUUGGCCUUGUUUCGACCGUAGUAUCUAUAAAAAAUCUAUCACAUUAAUUCAUCCCAUCCCACUUUGUAGUGAGGUAAUAAAUAAACGCAACAAAUUAUAUUAUAAUAACAGUUCGUGUUUGUUCAUGUUGAACCGUUCGACAAUGGUCGGCGUAAGAAUAUCAUGGCUAUGAAUUUUGUAAGACGUUUCUUGUUUAUUUAUUAGUAGUCUCUGAUCAAUGUUGGCAAAGAAAAACAACAAAUGACCCGAAUUGUUUCGUCUCUGUCGCCCGUAUGAAUUUUAUAUUGAGAUAGAGACAAAAUACCUGUUAAUUUGGAAAGGGACUUUAUGUUAAUACAUCUAAACUAACACAAUGUAGAAUAGUACUGGGAGGAAAAGACGGGAGACAGACACAUGUGGAGAAAGUUAGAAGACGCUUUUGCCCAAGAGUGGGACACGAAUAGAUACUUCUAAUAUGAGUUUAUUAAAGUUUCAAGUUAUGUUUAUAAAACUUAUCAUGAAAAGAGACUACUCAUAAUAUAAAAAGUAUUGUUAAAAUAGACGUUUAUGCUAUUUUAGACAUGUAAAAUAAUUUAAAAUGUAUAACGAAAAUAUUCUUCAAUGAACAAAACCUGUGAUUCGCCAUGUCAUAUUUGUAAAACUAGCAUAUGUAAAUUCGACUUUAAAGUUUUUGUACUGAGAAUUAACGAAAUUAUACCAAAGGAACGGCGUGCGGCGUAAUGUUCCUCAACUACAUAAAAAGUUAAUGAAUAAUCUUCGAGAAUUGAUUAGCAGAACAAAAAAUUACAAUCGCAGCGGAAUACACGUGUGUAGGUUUGAAUAUCAUGUGAUAGAAUAUUGGCUACAUUGUGUGUGGUUCCGCCCUAGAACAGGACCACUGAUAGGCAACAUUAGAGCAUUUAGCAUCAUCUGCCUUGCCUUAUCCCACUUCAUGUGUGUCUUCUGACAUGCUGUACCGACUCGACCAUUAUAUUUUGAUUAAAUUAUCAUACAAUAACAUUAGUUAGUAUUUAAAUUUGGAACAUUAUAACGUCACGGCCUUCAAACACAAUUGAACAAUUUUAUUAAAUCACUUGAAACAUAGCUGCAGCAAUAAUAAAGUGUUAUAUGUUUUUUCUUCGGUCAGAUAUUUUAAGAUACUAGACUAGUGUCACUGAAAAACAUUGACUUUCUUUAAAAAAAAAUGAAAUUAAUGUUUCCAAUAAUAUGUGUGUGUUUACAUAAUAAAUAAUUAGGGAUUAUUAUAUCAAUUAAUAUAAUUGUUUUGACACAUAUUUGAUUUCUGUGUCUUGAUUUUUAUUGUUCGGUACUAAUCAGUCUGAUCGAAGUAAAAAUAAUUUUACAUAACGGGCCCAAGGUAGAUAAACAGCAUUGUCAAUAUAGUUGGUAGUUUUUAUAGUUAUACAAUUAAUGAUUUCGAAUUUGGCGAAUCAACAUCGGUUAUUAAUAUAAUUUAGUACAAUCUGUAUAUCCUAUAGUUUCAGUGGGGCAAGAAUUAGUCAACGUCAUAGGUAACGUGAAAAUGUAUAUGGAAAAUUUAAUUAUUCUUUAGCGUGACAAAAAAAUAUUUUUCCAUAUAAAUUUUGUAAAUGAUGAUGCGAUUUUGUUCUCGCAAAACUCAUGUUAGUCCCACAGGUAAAUAUGCUUUAUUACGGCAUAUAUAAACAUGCAAGUGACACACACAAGUAGCUGACAUGCAUGUUUAUGUGUAUUUGUUAUAUGCUUUAUGGUGUUUCUGAUUUGGGCCUGAAUCCUGAAUCGAAAAGUGAAAUUUGAUUGUUAUUGAGAUUGAUACACAAGAUCGUCGGACGAUCGUGUAGUGUAGUGUAACGUGGGUCUCAAAUUAGCGACUAAGUCGACAAUGUGAUUGUAUGUGAUUGUGGGGUGUUCACCAGUGGAUGGUAGAGGAAGGUAUACCGCUCACAGCGAGACACAGUCAACCAAUCACGAUGCGGUAUUGUGACGCGAUGUCGACAACACUGCAGUGUGAUUAGUUAAUUACGUCUCAUUGCGAAUAGACUGGAUAGUGAGAUGUGAAUUGCGAACCCACACGAAACUCUCAGUACUAUAGGAUUUACAAACGUAAAUAAUCGGAAUUAAAACGCAUAACGAAAAAUAAUCAUGUACAUUUCAAGAAUUAAAAUUUUCUUUAUUAUUGUGAUCUAAUGCUAAUAAAAACACCUAUGACGAUAUUGCUCAUUAAAUAAUUAAUUAGAAAUGCCAAAAUGAUGAUGCUCAAAUUUUUUGAACAAUUAUUUUUUUCAUCGCUAAAGCGGUGCGUAAAAAGUUAUAGAUAUAUUCGAUUUAUAAUGUUAAUCACAUACCUCUAAAGAUAAGCACAGUACUCAAUACCUUACUUUUCCAAAAAACACGUAUGAUCAAUAGUGAACACCCCAUGUUAUCUGAAUAAUGUAGUUUCGGGUGCCAAUAAAUUGGAUUCCAACUGAAAGCUGCACCACGUAGGCCUAUGGGAUAUUAGAUAGUUAUAGGCAAAUAUAGCCCCGGGCCUGAAAUACGAACGGUCGCUAUAUUACAGCGGACUAGAUCGCGCAGAUGCUUGCAGGACGAAAAAUAACGCAAUGAUGCAUCACAGCGAUAUUGUACAAUUCCCCAUAUUGUAAUACGGCGAAUUCUACAAGAAUUGCGCUAUUUUGUAUUAAAACUGGACAAUAUGUGACCGUCCAAAUCAAAAGGGACCUUAUGGCGGCUGGCACUUAGGUCUUUAUUGCCGUUGUUCCAAUACAAAACAACGACAAUAAUGGCCGUAAGUGCCGGGCGCCACAAGGCCCCUUUUGAUUUGGACGGCCAUAUAUAUUCAUAUUUUUUGUUACCGAAAUGCUGAAUAUUUCUAUAACGAAAAAUGUGAAUAAAUUGUCCGGUUAAUAUUAUUAUUGUUAUAAGAAACUUUAAAAUUUUGACUGAUUAUGACUGCUAAUGCUGUAUAUCGGAAAAUAAAUUUAUUUCAUUUCGUCUCCGCAAGCGUCAACGCAUCACCUAGUUGCCCUAUUAGUUGUAUAUUACGAAUUUUAAACAUACUGUUAAGAAGUCAUAUACACUCAUGUUAUUGUAUGCUAGAGUGUGGACAAUAUCUUUUGGAGUUUCUCUAUAUUUUGUAUACAACCCAAUAUUUAUUGUACAGUGUAAUAAAUUAUCAUGCAUGUA